AGCAUAAGCAGCAGGAUUUGAUAUGGUUUUCCUGCUUAGUUUUAAAUGUCUCAAAUAGUUGCCAGGUUGUGUGUUCACUAGCAGCGCUUCCUGUCACAUAUAAGGACAGAAAUUUGUUUUCUGUCUGUUUCUAAAUUUUACUCCCGCCGCAAAAUAAAGACAUGAUGAAGAAAGUUCCUGGAGGACUUUUGACCCCGCAGAAGGGAAACUCCAAGAUUUUUGCUUCGCUGCUGAACUGGAACACACACAACAGGCUGCUGCAGGAAUCUGCAGGCUGCAAUCGUCCUAAACCACCCACACAGACCUGCUGAGGUGGCAAUGGCCCGCAUCCUGUCCUUGUUUCGGCCUCAACCUUUUCUGGGCCUCCUGGGAAGAAGAAACCCCACGUUCUGCAACAUGUCCAUAGACUCACAGGCGCGGGAAACCUUCAGAGCCGCAGUGGAAGCUGUGCAGCCAGACACCGUGGUGCGGCAGAGCAUAGAGCGCAACGGCGACUCGGUCGUUAUUGACGGACGCAGACUCACACUCAGUCACAACCUGCACCUUGUGGGCUUCGGGAAAGCGGUUCUGGGAAUGGCUGCAGAGGUAGAGAGGAUUCUGGGCGAUCAUCUAGUUAGAGGAGUCAUCAGCGUGCCACAUGGGAUACAGCAGACGUUACAACAGCAUGGAAAAAGCCAUUUGUUGCUAGAAGCAGACAGUCGGAUCAAAGUCAUGGAGGGAGCCAAACACAACCUACCUGAUGACGACUCAUUGAAGGCGGCCGAAGGCAUCAAGCAGUUAGCUACUGACUUGACAGAAAAAGAUUUACUGCUUGUACUAAUAUCAGGCGGAGGCUCUGCACUGCUACCAGCACCAAUACCUCCAAUCUCGCUGCAGGAGAAGCUUGAUGUAACUCGCAGACUUGCAGCUGCUGGCGCGACCAUCCAAGAGCUCAACACAGUUCGUCGAGCACUCUCUUUGCUGAAGGGUGGAGGGCUUGCACACCACGCUCACCCCGCACAGGUGGUUUCACUCAUACUGUCUGACGUGAUUGGGGACCCUCUUGAUUUGAUAGCAAGCGGUCCAACAGUGACAUGCGAGAUGUGGCCGGAGGAGGUUUUAUCCAUCCUUGAACGACACAAACUUCUCAGCUCCAUGCCAGCUUCAGUCACGCAGGUCCUUGCGAGACAGAGUCCCCGCUGGAAAGAGAAUGACAAGCACUCAGAUUCACCUGGAGAGGCUCUCAAUGCUGUGAUUGGCUCCAACACCGUUGCGCUCACCUGCGCUGGCCGGCGAGUUCGAGAGUUGGGUUUCCGUCCUGUUGUGCUUUCACCGGGAGUCUGCGGCAAUGUGAGGCUCGUCUCCAGGCUGUAUGGCCUGCUGGCCCGGUUCGCCUGUUCCCGCGAGGAACCGCCUCCGGAGAUCGCAGCCGAAGUGCUGAGGCUCGGACCGGAGGUCGGCGUGGAGAGCUGGGACCUGUGCCGAACCAUGCAGGUGUUGGGCGAAGGGCGCGCCGAGGGUUGGGGCGCCACAUGUGUGUUAGCUGGAGGAGAGCCGACUGUGGAGCUAACGGGCAAAGGGCGAGGAGGUCGAAACCAGGAGCUGGCUCUCCGAGUGGGACUGGAACUGAGAGGCCUGGAGCUCCCGCCGCAGGGGCCCGUGUUUCUGAGCGGCGGCACUGAUGGACAGGACGGACCCACGGAGGCUGCGGGGGCCGUCACUGAUGCGGGGCUUUACGACGAAGCCCGAGCCCAGGAGUUAGACAUCGACAGCUUCCUCAGUAAUAAUGACUCCUACACUUUCUUUUCCCGUCUGUCAGCCGGAGAGCGUCUGCUGGUGCCUGGCCUGACCUGCACGAAUGUCAUGGAUGUUCAUGUGCUGCUUAUCCCAGCUAUUCCCAUUAAAAUUAGCUAACGCACAGGCAAAACAGUGCAAAAAUAAUGAGUAGAUCACCAUGUCAGUAGACACAAAAGGCUUUUUAGGGUUUUCUAUUUUUAUAUUUGACACUCAUGUAAGCAGAGGUGAGUAGAGUACCCAAAAAUUGUACUCAAGUAAGAGUAGUGAUACUACAACAUAUUUUUACUCAAGUAAAAGUAAGUAGCUGUCCAAGAAGUUAUUCAAAUAAGAGUGAGAAAGUAUUUGGUAAAAAAGGCUGAAAAUACUGAGUAACUGAUCAAAACAUAAUUUAAUAUUUAAAUAUUACAUCAUCAGAUGCAAAGGGGCAUCUCAUAUAAAGUUUGUGGAAAUUUUAGUAUUUUAAAGAUCACAAUGAAAAUAACUGAUAUACAAUCCCACAAUUAUAAAAUAAAAUGAGGCAAAAGAAACAUUUCCCCAAAUAAUUUUUUGAAACUAACAAAAACUGGUGUAUGUCAGUGUUUUCCUUCUUAAUGUAAAAUCAUUCUGUUAUAUGCUAGCUUACAGCAAGAUAGUACAUUAAAGUAUUAAAUAUUAUUCUGACCUCAUCUUGCCGUUCAAUAAAAAUGAAAUGACUACA